AUGGCAGCUCGAGUCUCAACACGAAUCAGCAUUCGAUGGCCACCCGCAGACGCUUCAGAGCCCACAGACACCCUUGUGCUCAGUGUUGGAGACUACUAUGUGGACCUCAGAGUGUUGAAGUCAGAUCGAACAAUUGACUGGGCUCUCGCGGGUCAACGUCUCGUGAUAUCAGAGGAUCCACUCAAGGUAAAAUUCACACACCCGCUCGAUUCUCAUUAUGUCGCGGGCCAAGAAGAAGAAGAACCGGAUGUGGGCGAAUUUACAAAGCUCCCAAAUGGCGAUGACCUUGAGACAGGCAUCAUGGGUGCCCCUCAUCUAGGUGGAAAGAUAAUGCCCUAUGAGGAAGUUUGGCGGGAAUUGGAUCCUCAACUUGAUUUAUCGGGUGUUAGUGGUCGUAGCAAGACAUCUUCCUGGAUCCUGGAGAGCGUCGACCAGCCCAGCACGAAAGGCGACCCUACUGUCACCAAAUCCUACUACGCCAAGGCUGGCAACUUCUUUCUUGCCCUACGCCAAGUGACAAUUGCCAGACCUUCAUCCAUCAGCGUCUCUGCGAUCCGGAUGGAAUGGGAUACGGAGAAGCUUUCUUGGAACACAAAAUACAAGAUUGGGAAUGUGGACGGAAUGUUCGAUCUAAGCCAAGAAGCAGCAGAUGGCGAUGGGUUUUGGAAGGUUGGUGACGAGGUCAAGGUCGGACUCGCUAAAGAGAUCUGCACUGUCCGAUCCAUAGGAUCAUGA